AUCAUCACAGGCAGUGUGUGUUAACGGAGAAGAGGUCAUCUAUUUCAGCCAGUGGAAACCAUGGCAGCUCCAUUCAAAACACUUGUGGAAGAUUAUCCCAGAUACCUCAAAUCAUUCGAGCUCUUUCUUGAGCGCUCAUCAGAGCACCAGUGCAUGCAGGACUUCAUUCAUAAUACGCUCCCCGACAUUCUGGCAAGCAUUGGUGGAGGGAGAUCUGUUUUCAAUGUAAUGGGAGUGGGGAGCGGAGCAGGUGAUAUUGAUCUAGAGAUGCUAGCACAGCUGCACCUGAAACAUCCACAUGUCAAAGUCGACAAUGAAGUGGUGGAACCAAGUAAUGACAUGCUCUACAAGUAUAAAGCGAGAGUGUCAACAUCUCCCGAUCUUGCUUAUAUCAACUUUACAUGGAAUAAGAUGACAGCAUCUGAAUUUGAAAAACAAUGGCAAGAAAAAACACCUGAGAAAAAGAUGGACUUCAUUCACAUGAUACAGAUGCUGUACUAUGUCAAAGAUCCAAAUGCCACUGUUUCAUUUUUUCGAAGUCUGCUUGAAAAAGAUGGGAAACUCUUAAUUAUUCUGGUGUCAGGUGAGAGCGGGUGGGGCAAAUUAUGGACCACAUUUCGAAAGCAGCUCUGUUACACUGAGAUGAGCCAGUGUGUCACUACAGGAGAAAUAAAGAGCUUUUUAGAUUCUGAGGGCAUCCCGUACCAUAAAUAUUUGCUUCUGUCCCAGAUGGACAUCACAGAAUGCUUCACUGAAGGAGACCAGGAGGGAGAACUGCUUUUAGAUUUCCUAACAGAGGUGAAAGAGUUCAGUAAAAAUGCUCCUGAACGUUUGAAGAAAGAAGUGCUUGACGUACUGAGACAUCCUGACUGCAGUAAAGAGGUGGACGGCAGGAUCAUAUUCAAUAACAACCUUGAAGUCUUAGUCAUUGAGCCAUAGAAUAAAAUCCACAUCUUUGCUUCUUGCUUCACAGGCUAAACAUAUACAUAUACAAGCUUAUUGCUUGUCUAUUUUCAUCUCGCAUGAUGUGUUUAUCUGAAUUAUUAUGUUAUCAGUAGUUUGUAGAAAAAAAAUA